GCACCCAUAGAUGGCAGCCUAACUGUAAUCUGUGUAACCGCUUCUGUUUUUUGUCCUUUCUGGCCACCGUACAACCGGAUUUUUGUUUUUGGUGAUGUACUAGCUAAAGUGCGUAUAGCGUGGAAGAGGUGCAUUAAAUCCACAUGAAAUAAUUAGAAUAUACAUUUUUAAACUAUUAACAAGCAUGUCAGACAAAGGAGAGGUGGAUUUGACCGGGGCAAAACAGAACACGGGUGUAUGGCUGGUCAAAGUCCCAAAGUAUUUGUCACAGCAAUGGACCAAAGCAACAGGGAGAGGUGAAGUUGGAAAGCUCCGAAUUUGCAAGAAUCAAGGCAAAGCGGAGGUGUCCUUCACACUCAAUGAGGAGCUGACCACCAUAGACGCCAUUGGGGAGAAGCCCUCUAUGGUACGAGCCCCUAGAGAGCAUCCAUUCACUCUUCAGACUGUCGGUGGACAGACUCUAGCUGUUUUUACUGAGAACUCUUCAGGGCAGUCAGAUGCCGAGGCCAGCGGUUCAGGUACAGGUACAGGCCCAGAUAAAAUUGCACUGGAAGGACUGGUGGUGCAGAGAGCUGAAUGCAGACCAGCCGCCAGUGAAAACUACAUGAGGCUGAAGAAACUGCAGAUCGAGGAGUUAUCUAAACCGCUCAGGUUUUCUCAACAGCUCGACAAACCCAUUACCACCAACUACAAGCCUGUGGCUAAUCACGCCUAUAAUCUGGACUAUGAAAAGAGGAAGAAAGAAGAAGGGAAGAGGGCACGUGCAGAUAAACAGCAGGUGCUGGACAUGCUGUUCUCCGCCUUUGAAAAGCAUCAGUAUUAUAACAUUAAGGAUCUGGUGGACAUCACGAAACAGCCUGUGAUUUAUUUGAAGGAGAUUCUACGGGACAUUGGCAUAUACAAUGUCAAAGGCACCCACAAGAACACCUGGGAGCUCAAACCGGAGUACAGACACUACCAGAAUGAAGAGAAGAGCGACUGAUUAUUUUCACUCUCGGACUCUUUGUGGUUAUGAAAGUCUGAAAAACAAACUUCCCCAGAAAGUUCAAAAUGUUAUUUCUGGAUCAUUUUAAGGGUGAUUCAUUAGUUUUUAAAGGUGUAUCAGAAACCUAUGUGGCAGUUUACAAUGCUAAGCAGUUUUAUUAUGCUUGUUAUAUUGAGGAAUCCCCAUAAGAAACUAGUAAUAGAAUUUUAUAGUUCAGCUCUUCUGUCAUCAGACUGAGAUGAAAAGAACUUCCAAUCCUCAUCACUUGUUGUGUGUAUAAGACGUUGACGUU